UUUAGUAUUUAUAUUAUGGUUCUAAAUAUUGAUCUCUUUCGUGUUGAAAAAGGAGGCAAUCCAGACUUAAUUAGAACUUCUCAAAAAGGACGUUUUGCUGAUGUUACUUUAGUUGAUAAGGUUAUUGAGGCUGAUGUUGAAUGGAGAAAAGAGCGUUUCAAUUUGGAUGCUAUUAAUCGUGCAAGUAAAAUGUGUAGCACAACUAUAGGUGACAAAAUGAAGAAAAAGGAACAACAAGGCGGGCCGGAAGAACUUCCCGCUGAUUUUGUGACUAAAUUUGACGCUUUGAGUUUGGACCUUCUUAAGCCUCUUUCCAUCGCUCAAAUCAAAAAUUUAAAGAAGAAAUUGGACGAGGAAACUGUUCAAACAAAUUUAAAAAUGGAAAAUUUGGAGAAGGAUCGAAAUGAAAAUUUGAAGAAAAUUGGAAAUUUAUUACAUGAUUCUGUUCCGAUAAGUGAUAAUGAAGAUGACAAUAAAGUGGAGAGGACUUUUGGGGAUUGUGAAAGUCGAAAAUGUUAUUCUCAUGUUGAUUUGGUUACAAUGGUUGAUGGUUUUGAUGGUGAAAGAGGCGCUAAUGUUGCUGGUGGUAGAAGCUUCUUCCUUAAAGGACCUUUAGUUUUUCUUGAACAAGCAUUAAUUGGAUUAGCCUUAAGAAUUUUAUCGGAAAAAGGAUUUGUUCCAAUUUAUCCUCCAUUUUUUAUGAGAAAGGAAUUUAUGCAAGAAGUUGCCCAAUUAAGUCAAUUUGAUGAAGAGCUUUAUAGAGUAGUCGGAAAAGGCUCUGAAAACGAAAAUUCUGGCGAUGAUAAAUAUUUAAUUGCUACUUCGGAACAACCUAUAGCUGCUUUUCAUCGUGAUGAAUGGUUGGUACCUGCAAAUUUGCCAUUAAAAUAUGCUGGUAUGUCUACAUGUUUUCGUCAAGAGGCUGGAAGUCAUGGACGUGAUACUCGUGGAAUUUUUCGCGUUCAUCAGUUUGAAAAAGUUGAACAAUUUGUUAUUUGCUCGCCUUUUGAUGAUGAAUCUUGGGAGCAUUUUGAUGAGAUGAUUGGAAAUGCUGAAUUUUAUUAUCAACUUCUUGGAAUUCCUUAUAGAAUUGUUAAUAUUGUUUCUGGUGAAUUAAAUAAUGCAGCAUCUAAAAAACUUGAUUUGGAGGCUUGGUUUCCUGCAAGUGGAGCUUUUCGUGAAUUGGUUUCGUGUUCAAAUUGUACAGAUUAUCAAUCGAGACGACUUAAAAUUCGUUAUGGACAAACUAAAAAGUUGGAUGGAGAGGUUAAUUUUGUUCAUAUGUUAAAUGCAACAAUGUGUGCAACAACAAGAGUUAUUUGUGCAGUUUUGGAAAAUUAUCAAACUGUUGAUUGUAUUUUAAUUCCUGAAGCUUUACGUGAAUUUAUGCCUCCACAAUAUAAAGAAAAAAUUCCUUUUGUUAAACCGGCGCCCUGUGACCAAGAGAAGGAGAAAAAAAUGCCUAAAAAGGAAGUAAAUAAGUGA